UUCCUCCUCUUUCUCUCUCUCUCUCUCUCCCUUCUUCUUCAUCUUCUCUCUUUUUUUCUCCCUCUUUUUUAAUUCAUAUAAUUUUCCCUUAAUUAUUAUAAUUACUAUUGUUUUUUUUUUAAUCUGUUCAUGGCGGGAUUAGACUUGGGCUCUGCUUCUCACUUUGUUCAUCAACUUCAGCACCGUUCUGUCGAUCUUCACCUCCAACAUCCGACCGAUGUAGACGACGGUUCCGACCACCAACCUAACUCCGGCGGCGAAAUCGUUGCCCGACGGUCCAGAGGUCGACCGCCCGGUUCUAAGAAUAAACCCAAACCACCGGUUAUUAUUACCAGGGAAAGCGCUAACACUCUUCGAGCCCACAUCUUGGAAGUCAACACCGGUUGUGAUGUCUUUGACUCCGUCGCCGCUUAUGCCCGGAAACGCCAGCGUGGCGUCUGCAUCUUGAGCGGCACCGGCACCGUCACUAACGUUACCUUACGGCAACCUUCAUCAACCUCUAUUACUCUUCCUGGAAGGUAUGAGAUAUUAUCUUUAACGGGAUCGUUUUUACCGCCACCGGCACCUCCGGGAGCUACGAGUUUGACUAUCUUCCUUGCGGGUGGGCAAGGGCAAAUCAUCGGAGGGAAUGUUGUCGGGUCUUUGAUUGCUUCGGGACCGGUGAUUGUCAUUGCCUCGUCGUUUACCAAUGUUGCUUACGAGAGGUUACCAUUGGACGAGGAGGAACAACCGUCCAACGGUGGUGGUGGUGGCAGUCUUAGCAACCCGUUUCCGGACCCGUCGGUCGGGUUGCCGUUGUUUAAUAUGCCGUCGAACAUGGCGGGGAAUCAAAAUCAGCUGGCGGUGGACGGAUGGGGCGGAGGGAAUUCCGGUGGGAGAGCAUCUUAUUGAGCUUCAAGAUUGGGAAAGAAAAGGUUAGGGAAAUUGAUAAUAAUUGUUUGGAUUAAUAUAUAUGAUAAUUAUAUUUUAGUGUCUUCAAAACUUUGGUACAAAAAACCCAACUUUUUAGUUUGUUCUC